CAAUGCAUCUUUUUUUCAGUCAACACAGCCACCUCUACCGAGUGUGCUCAUUCUACCGCUUUCACUCUCUCCCCACGCUACGUUCCAAGUCAUCACUGCGCCAUAUGUCCACUGCAGCGGGUGGCAAGCGCUUCCUUUUGGAGCCUCGCCUCCUCAACAUCACCUGCAAUUGUGUGCAUAUUGAAUAGACGGGUUUAUUGCUUCUCAAGCAAGUCCUUUAAAACAGCAACUAAUGUCAACCAAAUCGUUAUGCUAUUGCUACACAGAGCAGAAUGUGUGGCUAAAGCAGGAGAACGUCUGUCCCUGAUGAACAACUCGAGUCAAUCGUUAAAAAAUGGCCGAAGCAUUGCCUAGCAAACUGCGUGUAUGAUUUUGCAGGGUUCUCAUAGUUGUGCUUAACGGAUCGCAAAAAAAAAAAAAGCUUAAUAGUUUUUGGGUUUUUUUUUUGCUUAAUGGACUUGUAAAUGCCUCAGGGGGAGUGUUGUAGAUUUCCCCUUUGGCCGAGGCUGCCAGGUUCCUGUCAAACAUGGGAGGCUCCGCUUUGGAAGCUCCAUCAAAGUAACGUAGGGUUCUUCAUUCAAGAACUCAAUAGGUUACAACUCAAAACAUGCCUUUCCAUUGCAUGUUGAUUUUUAAAUUCUUGCCUCUUCUGUGCGCAACAGAGCCGCUGGAACAAAAAACAUUGAGGUGGGCCAUUUCAUGCCUGGGAGGGGUUGCUGAAGGGGGCCCAAGGGGUUGUGCUGAUGACCAGAUGUGGGGAUUUUGAAGAAAGGGGGGGGGGGGGGGUCGCCUGCAGAAAUAUGCGAAUGUUAACACUGAACUCACAUCACGUGGAUGUUUGACUCGUAGUAUUGGGGCAGUUCCUCCACAGUAUUUAAUUCAUCGUUGUGUUAAGAAACUGAAUAGAUAACUUGAAGAAAAUUGUGAACCUCAGAGCAAGGGCAUCAAUUACUUGACAGGACUUGUUCCUUAUCUUUAAGCAUUUCGAAAACAACUGAGCAUUGUUUUUGGUGAACGCUUGAACGUAACCUCGAAUAUUGUCUAAGGGCAUAUGUUCAGAUUUUAAAAUUAAGCAUUGUCCACUUUGAAGCCGGAAGUGGUUGGGUUGUGCUUUAAUUUUGAAAGUACAGCGGAACUCCAAAGAUGUUCUCUAGCAGACAACAGAGAGAAGGCUUUGGGGCAACAAGCGAGUAGAUCUGAGGAAGGAGUGAGGAGGCUCGACGAUGAGGACGCACGACGCCAAGCCCGAACCGAACUCAACCCGAACGGACUUUUCCAGCCGUAGCGUCCUGGAGCAUGAGUCCGCGCGCAGGCCACAGGGAGACGCAGAAGACGCAGCACGGUGAUAUAACCUGACCACCUGCGGAGUUUUGUUCCUUUGGAUCAUUGCACGGGUCCGGUCGGCUCCACGAUGCCUUUCUGCAAGCGCACUGUCCUGCCGAGGGAUUUGUGCAAGCCCGGCGUUGGAGUCAAGACGUCGGGAAUGUUUGCGGACCUGGCCGACGUGUGCGCCUUCACCCUGGCUUCAGUGCUCCGCCAACUUUCGGACCUGUCCCGACACUCGCUGGGCGUCCUGGAGGAGUUGGAGGGCGAGCUGGCGUCCGUCUGCCUCAGGUCCGGCGAGCUGGAGGGCAGACUGGGCCGACUGGUCGAGAUGCUCCGCAAGAGUCCCUCCACACACACAGCCACCGUCGGACUCGAGGUGGAGAGUGUCAGGCGCGGAGGCAGCAGCAGCAGCGACGGCGGCAACGGCAACCACCGUCACAACCACGCCGGAGGAGGACGGCGAGGGAGCUGCGACCACGGCAAUGGCGCGGCCCGCUUCAGGUCUCCAUGGCAACAGAGCGUGAACGUGUUUGGCUCGUGGAGCAGGCCCGAGUGUGUGGAAGAGCUGCACCAGCAGGCGCAGCUUAACCUCCAGAGCCUACUGCAAGAUUUUGAGGAGCAGCUGUGCGACGGCAAGCCGGCAGGUCAGACAUUCCGACAUCCGCCCUCGCAGAGCUCCGACGACACCUCCCUCGGCCGCCGCUCGCCCGUCUCCCCCGGCAACAAGCGCCCCGACUUCAUCUUUCUGCCGGCAUCCAAGCAGCUCUACGAGGAUGAGACAGCCACGUCAGUCUUCGGACUGAGGUCCCUGGCCAGCCCGUCUCCAUCGCCAUCUCCAUCGUCCUGCGAGUCGGAUCGCCCCCCGUUAGGCUGGAGUGCCAGACCGCCCGUCGCAGAGAAACCUCGCUUGCACCUUGGCAGACGCACGCUGGCUCAAAACACAGCAGGUGAAGGAGGAGGAGCCGGAGAUAAAUUCCAUGGUGUGGACCUCCUUCAGCACUCGGCCUUCCCAUCCCCCUCUCCAGUGGCGCACUUCCACCAGCCCCGCUCCCUGGAGCCCGUCACGGACACCCCUCAGCAGAACCUGACCCUGAGGAAGAUUCACGCCAACCUUGACAGCACCUCACCCGCAGAUAUCUUUGUGGAGCAACCGGGAACCAUGGACCACUCUGGCCUGGUCUGCUCCAACUCUAGCAACUGGAACGGACCGAAAGGCUCCACCUUCUCUCCCGGGGCUUGGACCGAGCCUUACAACUACAUCGCCAAGAAAGGGCCGGCGGUUCCGCCCAAACAGCACAGUGUCAUCGGGCAUACGGGGGUCGGGACGCAGGAAGGCCUGAUGCUCGUGAGCAACUCGACUAUGUCAGACAAUUCCGGGAGGCAGAGGAUGGAGAGGAGGAGAGAGACUGAGGGGGCCACGGCGGAUUUCGGGAGAGGCGGCGCCGUUGGGGCUGCCGAGGCGGGCAGGGGGAGGGGCAUGUCGGCGCGCUCGUUAGCUGCGGCUAACGCAUUCAAGUUCCGCGAACGCUCUCUCUCCACGCCCACAGACUCGGAUUCCUUUUGCUUCACUGAGAUUGGCACAGAUCAGCCGGAUGGGACUCUCACAGCCACAGGAAAUGGGAAUGUGACGUCUGCUGAGCACCAGUGGCAUCAUCAGAACUUUUUGGGUCUCGGUGACAACUACGCUCUCCUCUAUCCCAGGGGGAGCUCAGAAGAUAGCGCCAGUACGACCGACACAAUCUCCGUUUCCGCGUCGGACUACGGUGCCGAAGCACGCUUGUGCCUGCGCUCGCGGUCCAUCUCACUCAAGAAGUCCAAGCGCAAGCCGCCGCCUCCGGUGAGGAGCGUCUCUCUGAUGAAAAACCUCGGCCAGGCUGAGGGAAGGAUCCACCAUGAGGGCGGUCUGCACCGCGACGGACGGCCAAAGAGCCUGCACAUUCCCAGGGACCACUUCCCCGACUUCCAGCCAGAUUUUCUUUUGCCCAGCUCCAGAUCCGGGGAGCUCGGCCCGGGAGGCUGUGACGGACCUCCAAACCUGCCAGAGCGGGAGGCAGAACCAACUUUGCCCUCACCCUGGCAAUUGGGAGAGUGGAAGAGCAGCGACCCCUACAGGUCUCUAUCCGGCUCGAGCACCGCGACGGGCACGACCGUGAUUGAAUGCAUGAAAGUGAGAGGCAGUUCCGAGUCGUUGCUCAACUCCCCUGCCGCCUCCAGGGCGACGUCACCGUCGCACCUCCUCACCGAAACGGAGGUCAAGCCCGUUUCCCCCUUCAAGCCCCCCGGACUCAUGUCCCCGUCGAGCGGCUAUUCCAGCCAGUCUGAAACUCCCACCCCUACCGUGCCGCUCAGUCAGGCAGCGGGUGGGGGGGCAGCGGGGUCGUCCGGCGGGUCGGCAUGUAAGAUGCGGCCAAAGAUUCCCGAGCGAAAAUCGUCACUACCGUCCCCGAAGGAUCCUGCCGCCAGGUACAGACUAUCCUUUGAGAUGCCGGGCAAUGCCCAUCUGGAGCUGUCGUCCAUCAAGCCAAAGCAAAAGGCGAGCAGACGGCAUUCAGACACAUCCACAGCGACAAAGCCUGGAAAAAUGAGCCCCGGUUCUUCGCAGGUUCUCCCCGUGGUCACCCAGAACGAAUUGAAAACAAUUCGGCUUCGUUCGGUCUCCCGAGGCGAUCUGGAGGACUGCCCGGACGGCGCCUCGGACACCAUCGAGGAAGAACAGCAGUGCAGAGACUUUGAAGACGACGACGCCAGCCCGCCCGCCACCCUACCCAAACCCAAGCCACCAGUCGCCGUCAAGCCCCCUCUGCCAAAACGCCCCCUCAACUUGCUUCUGAAGUCCCAGUCCUCUACCCCUCCUCUCGCCUUGGACUCACCCCCGGCAUCGCCCGUCGACCGUCCCGUGCCCCUGGGCAACAUUUACAAAGUCAUGAGGAAACCCAAAGCCAAAAAAGCUCCGUCACAAGGUCUCACAAAUCCAACUGCGAUCCCCGAUUGUAAUUCCAUGUCCGGCGCACACGCCGCCUACACCCAGUGCCUCUUCGACCUGCCUCCCCUCCCGGAGCCCCAGCCGCUUCUGGAAGACCCCAUGCUGGAGCCGGAAUUUGACCUUCAGCUCGGGCCAGAGGACGGAGGCUCCCUCCCUUCUCCUGGCAGUAACCAGGAGGCCCUGGAACUCCAAGACAAGAGCAAGACCCUUCCUUCAAGAAUGACAAUCUCCAGUCUGGCAGAGCUCUCGGACAAAAAGAAACUCAAGGUUCCUCCCCCCGUGCCCAAGAAGCCAAACGUCCUGCUCCUUCCUUCAUCAGCUAACAGCGGUCCAGACCGCCAAUCCACGCCGACUGACAGCCCACCGGGCGCGCCGUCUUUCGGGGACGCUUUUCCGCCAGACAACAUUAGCAUAAGUGCUGAAAUGUCAACACAGGAUGAGAAUCACUUGGGAGCGGACGCUUUGACGGAGUCUUCGCUUCAUGCUUCCCUGCUGGAAUCUUCCCAAGCGGAGCCGGAAGGGAAAAGUGCCGCCACGGGGACUGGGGCAGAUGACAAAACGGUGCUUCACAUCGUGGAGGAAACGGACGAAGACUUUUUGGCCGGCGCGCCUCCGACACACACCACUGAAGACCUGUUCACCAUCAUACACAGAUCCAAGCGAAAAGUUCUGGGUCGUAAGGAGCCUUCCGACUCCUUCGGAAGCCGCCAGAGUCUGACGUCCCCCGUCAAGCAGAUGAACCUCCAGCGGUCCAGCUCCCGCAACGAGAACUUCAUGGCCCUGCUUCAGAAGAAGGGCAGCAAGUCUUCCAGCGCGGGGGCUAGGGUGUCCGCUGCUGAGCUUCUCAAAAGCACAAACCCUCUGGCGCGACGUGUCACGGAGCUUUCUGGCGACGGUGGCGAAAUUCAAGGCAUAGUUGGUGAUCAGUGAGGACGCUCCAGUCUUGAUAAGCUAGCGGCUAACGGCUUUGCUCCAACCACUGGCUGACCAUUUGCGUCGUCCAAUCGCGUCAUUUUGAACCAAAUGGUCCCUGGCUUGGUUGGAGUCGGAGUGUUUCUCAUUGAAGCUCUGGGAGGGUUUGCAAGAGCAGAGACGGGAAUCCCGCGACUUGGUCGGUGGGAAUGUCAGACGUAAAAAGUAUGUAAAAACACCAGAAGGGUAAACAUUUAUUCUUUUCUCCUGGAUAACAGCAACGAGCCCUGAUGAAGAUCUUGAUGAUGAAGAGUCAUGUGAUUUCAGGAACUCGUGUAGUAAUAAUCCAUCUGACCUGUCCACAUGUCAAAUUCUGGUUCAGAUGCUCCACAAAUGGAUUCAACGUCAGGCGGCAAUUGCCCCCCAUCGCCGCCACCCCAACUUGUUUGGUGUCUUUUGUGCCAGUAGGACGUACACAUUCACUAUUAUGUAUGUGUUGUGUAUCCUAAGAACAACAAACAAGACACUGCCCGUGUGAUGGAGAACACACACAAAUAACAGAAAUGUCUGCACAAGCUUGUGUGUGUUGGCAUGAGUAUGCGUGCGCACAAAUCUUCUCCCUCAUCAUCGUCAUUAUCCUCAUCAUGCCUGCGGAAUUUCUGCAUGGAGAGCAUGAAGCAGGUCUCGGGAGGUUUCCCUCUCGUUUUGGUUUCCGGUGACGGGAGCGAACGUGUGUGUGCGCCCGCGAGAGUGUUUGUGUGUCAGCGCGCCGCCAUUGGCCGCCCUGGUGCAUGACGUCACUUCCUGACCCCGCCGUUCCCAUUGACCUUCCCCUCGUCUACACCAGCUGAAUGUCAACAAGCGAGCGGCCACAAAAAGACGUUUAUUCGUUUUUAACUGCCUUUCCGCGCUGGACCUCAGGAAGGAUCAGGAUGACGAACGGGGACACGCGAAGGUCGGCUCACGGGGUAGACUUUUUUUUUUUUUGGGCGUUUCGCCACUGUGUCAGCUUGCCCUCUGGUGGCGGGAGGUUGCGACGCGCACUCUUGGUCACCGUCACGUCCAAACGCAUCGCUGCUUCUGACCACUCAUCAAGUGAUGCUUUCUUUUUGAAAUUUUUGAAAAAGAGUACUUAACAAGUUUGUUUGCCUUGCAUCACAAAGUUUGGCUGCCUUACUGCAGCACCAUGCCAUCUAUUUGAGAUCUGGAUAUUUUUUUGGGGGGUGUGCAGGGGUUGCAGCCAUGUUGACAAACUUUCAAACGUCAGGAAAGAUUGCCAUUGAUUCAUUUGCUUGAUAUCCACUAAGUGGGCCGUGUAAAAAAAAAAAAAAAAAAAAAAAAAAGCCUCUCUUUACUUUGUGUGUGUGCGCGAUGCCUCAGAUAAUCUUGCAGCAAGGUUGUGUCGUCCGUCAAUUUGUGUACUUUGAGUCGUAGGUUGUUCGACGUGAGCAUGCUGCACACAACCCCAGCUGAUGACGCCUUGUUGUAAAAUGCCCAGGUCACAAUCCCAACCCUAGACGAGGCGCCCGACCGCCACUUAAGGGCAGCUUAGAGAAACAUACAUCAAUAGAGUCAGUCCACCUAUUGGAGUUCUAUUUUUGUUAUUCCUUAAGGGAAGAAAAACAUAUUUAAAGGAAUAUUACAUAUAUGUAUUAAAACCCCUUGUGGCCCAUCCAGUGGUUUGGUGUAAGCGCCACAUUCCAACAUGCCAGUGCCAUGAAGUGAUUCUAUCAUAAAUAAAUUAUUUUUCUUGCGUAAAAA